AUGGCUUCCCCUCAGAAAAUCCGUACCGAUCUCACCGAUCUUUUCAAGAUCAACCACCCCAUCCUCCUCGCCGGCAUGAACGUUGCUGCCGGGCCCAAGCUGGCCGCGGCUGUCACCAACGCCGGCGGGAUGGGUGUGCUGGGUGGCAUCAACUACACACCCGAGAUGCUCAAGGACCAGAUCGAUGAGCUCAAGUCGCAUCUCAAGGACAAGAACGCGCCGUUUGGCGUCGACCUCCUCCUUCCCCAGGUUGGCGGCAACGCCCGCAAGACAAACUACGACUACACCAAGGGCAAGCUCGACCAGCUGAUCGACAUCAUCAUCGAGUCCGGCGCCAAGCUCUUCGUCUCGGCCGUUGGCGUCCCCCCCAAGCACGUCGUCGAGAAGCUGCACAAGAACGGAAUCGUUUACAUGAACAUGAUCGGCCACCCCAAGCACGUCAAGAAGUGUCUCGACCUUGGCGUCGACAUUAUCUGCGCUCAGGGCGGCGAGGGCGGCGGCCACACCGGUGACAUCGCCACCACUAUCCUGAUCCCCUCGGUCGUCGAGGCCUGCAAGGGUCACAAAUCCCCCCUCACCGGCAAGCCGGUGCAGGUUGUCGCCGCGGGUGGUAUCCACAACGGCCAGCUGCUGGCGGCUGCGCUGAUGAUGGGCGCCACCGGCGUCUGGGUUGGCACUCGAUUUGUUCUUUCCGAGGAGGCCGGUGCCCCCGAAUCGCACAAGGAGGCCGUCCGCACCGCCAGCUUCGACGACACGGUCCGCACUCUCAUCUUCACGGGCCGCCCGCUGCGUGUGCGCAAGAACCCCUAUAUUAUGAACUGGGAGGAGGAGCGCGCGCAAGAGAUCAAGGAGCUUACCUCCAAGGGCAAGCUCCCGUACGAGGCGGACCUCGAUAAGGUGAUGUCGGGCGAGGCUGAGGAGACACCGGCCAUCAAGGCGUCCGGUCUUAUGAAUGACGGCGAGGAUGCUGAUGUCGAUGAUCUGCUCGACCAGUUCCGGCCUUUCCUCAUGGGCCAGUGCGCCGCCGUCUGCAACGAUAAGAAGUCGGCGAAGGAGAUCGUCGACGAGUUUAUCACCGACGCGGCUGCGUCUAUCAAGAAAGGCAACUCCUACAUGGCGAAGCUGUGA